AGUGUUAAAGCAGUCAGAGUUGAUAGCAUUAAUGUGUCAUGGAGUCCUCCAUUCACCCUGGAAGGAGUCCCCAUACUCCACUCAAGGUCUAUAUCACCAGUCAGGAGUCUAGAACAGAGAAACACCACUGAAACACACAUCACUCUGGAGAGACAUGUGCCAGCACCACCUACCAGAUCAGUGCAUGGAAUGAAGUGGGAGAGGGAAAUGCUACCCGAAAGGCAUUCUUGACCAUCUUUGAAGCAGCUGUCGAAGUCAUUAGUGAGCUGCGAUAAAACCAGGAUUAUGUCUUCUGUUCUUUCGUCUCUGAUUCUACUGCUGAUGGCUGCGCUCAAAUGGAAAAUGACAAACAUGUUUUUGUUUUCAAUGCCACCCGAAGCAAGAACAAUGAUGACAACCUCUCACUACUGGAAUGUUUCUCAGUUC